AUGGAUACCCCCUUUAUAAUUAGUACUAUUGAAUCUACUAUUAAUUACUCUGCCUUCGACUUUAGACGGCUCUUCUCCUACGGCUCCUAUACGUUAUCUCUCUACGGCUAUAACGUUCGAAAUUAG